AUGAGCUCCUCGGAGGAUGACGUGCCUCUAGCGCGCGCGAAUGGUCGCGCGAAAGCUACCCCAAUGACCAAAUCCCCGGCGACAAACGGGGAUCUCGACCCGGGUGUUUCAGUUCGAUUUGGUCCCGUGGAGGACAAGGACGUGAAGAUGGAGGACGUGGACUCGGCGCGCAGUGCCGGUAAGCGCAAAUCUCGGGGAAGCAUUGACCAGAAAAAGUCAUACGCCGAACCGGAGAGUAGCGAUGAAGAGGACAAGCCAUUGAGCAAACGCCGACGAACAUUCGUGAAGCAUGAAGACCCCGAAUCCGAUGACGAUGUUCCCCUGGCUUUAAAUGGACGAAAGCUCCCCAAGGCCUCGGAAACCGCCAUUGGCGAUGAGUCUGACUCCGAUGUUCCGAUUGAGAGGAAACUCUCCGCACAGAAAAAGAAGAUUGAGCAGAAGGCCGCCAAAGAUGCCCGCACUGCCCGCAAGCCCGCUCCAAAGAAGGAUGCCAAACCAGCUGCAGCUACAAAGAAGCAGACCAACGGUGUUAAGAAAGAAGCCGCCGAUGACAAGUCUGCUAUUAAGAAGGUGAAGUCUCAGUCGGCCACCCCCAAGAAGGGUAAGGCCGCCGUGAAGGCGGAGAGCGAGGAUGCAGAGGAAAAGGACGAAGAUGAGGAGGAAGAAUACAAGUGGUGGGAGGAUCCGACGAAUGGUGACGGCACAAAGAAAUGGACCACAUUGGAGCACAGUGGUGUUGUUUUCCCGCCUCCUUACGAGCCCCUGCCGAAGAAUGUCAAGUUGAAGUACAACGGAAUUCCUGUAACUCUGCAUCCCGAUGCUGAAGAGAUUGCUGGAUUUUUCGGAGGCAUGCUCAAUUCCACCCACAACGUUGAUAACCCAGUUUUUCAGAAGAACUUCUUCGGCGAUUUCAAGGAUAUCAUCAAGAAAACCGGCGGCGCCAAGGACGCUCAAGGCAAUAAGGUAGAUAUCAAAGAUUUCACAAAGUGUGACUUCAAGCCUAUCUUUGAGUUCUAUGAUGCCCAGCGCGCGGAAAAACGGAAUCAACCUGCCGCUGAAAAGAAGCGACUAAAGGCUGAGAAGGACGAGCAAGAAGCCAAAUAUCAAUUUUGUAUCUGGGAUGGCCGGAAGCAGAAGGUUGGCAAUUUCCGUGUCGAACCUCCAUCUCUGUUCCGUGGACGAGGUGAACAUCCUAAGACUGGCCAUGUCAAGACUCGUGUUUUGCCGGAACAAAUUACCAUCAACAUUGGCAAGGAAGCAACCGUUCCACCUCCUCCGGCUGGUCAUAGCUGGAAAGAGGUGAAACAUGACCAGGAGGGCACAUGGCUUGCUAUGUGGCAGGAGAACAUCAACGGCAAUUACAAAUACGUGAUGUUGGCCGCCAACUCUGAUGUCAAGGGCCAAAGUGAUUACAAGAAGUUCGAGAAGGCCAGGGAGCUCAAGAAGUAUAUCGACAAGAUCCGUAAGGAUUAUCAGAAAUCUCUGAAGCACGAUCUGAUGGUGGAGCGUCAGAAGGCUACCGCUGUCUACCUCAUUGAUCAGUUUGCCCUUCGUGCUGGAAAUGAGAAAGGCGAGGAUGAGGCCGAAACUGUCGGCUGUUGCUCGCUCAAAUACGAGAACAUCAGUUUGAAGCCUCCAAAUACAGUCGUCUUUGACUUCCUGGGUAAGGACAGUAUUCGCUUCUAUGACGAAGUGCAAGUCGAUGCACAGGUCUUCAAAAACUUGAAAAUCUUUAAAAAGGCCCCCAAGAAGAAUGGCGAUGAAGUGUUUGAUCGGUUGACUACUUCGGCUCUCAACAAACACUUGCAAAACUACAUGACCGGCCUUACUGCCAAGGUAUUCCGAACUUACAAUGCGUCCUUCACGAUGAGCACUCUUCUCAAGGAGAUGAAGGCUACUGGUACAAUCGCAGAGAAGGUCAAGGCAUAUAACGAUGCAAACCGCAAAGUAGCCAUUCUUUGUAAUCACAAGCGAACAGUGACUGCCGGCCACGCCAAUCAAAUGGAAAAGCUGGGCGAACGGAUUAAGGGAAUGCGCUACCAGAAGUGGCGUUUUAAGCAGCAGAUGCUUGACCUGGAACCUACUUUGAAGAAAAAGAAAGGCGCUUUGUUUUUUGAACGAGACGAGGACCUCACCUUGGACUGGAUCAAAGAGCAUCAGAACUUCCUGUUGGAGGAACAAACUCAAAAAAUCAAAAAGAAGUUUGAGAAAGACAACGAGAAGCGUGUUGCUGAUGGCGAAAAGGAAAUGAAGACAUCUGAAUUGAACGAACGCCUUGAUACUGUCAAAGACAUGGAGAAAAAAUUCAACAAGGAAAACAAGUCCGGCAAGGUUGAGGCAGAGGGCAAAGGCCCAACUGUGGAGAAGCUCGAAGCGGCCAUCAUAAAGCUUGAUCAGCGUGUUGAGACCAUGUCGGUUCAAGCCCAGGACAAGGAGGAUAACAAGGAAGUUGCCCUUGGAACUUCAAAGAUCAAUUAUAUCGAUCCUCGUCUUACUGUCGUAUUCAGCAAGAAGUUCAAUGUUCCUAUUGAAAAGUUCUUCUCAAAGGCACUGCGUGAGAAGUUUGAGUGGGCUAUUAAGUCUGUCGAACAGGACUGGGAGUUCUAA